CAUGGCCCGAGGGUCGCCGAGGCGGCGUCGAGGUCUCCGCCCACCCCCUGAGGACCCCCUCGCCUUCGGGGGCGGCUCCGUCUCGCGCCGCCGCGCUCGGCCGUGGCUUUCGCGGGCUCCGCGGCCCCCGCCUAUUGAAAACGGAGCCUUCGCCACGGCAGCAGCCUGGAGGCUGGGCAGCGAACCCACUUGUGGACUUCCCAGCACCCGGGGUGGACGUCGGAUGCAAAGAUGAAGCCAGAACGAGAUAAUCUUGAUGAAUAUUUUGAAUAUGAUGCGGAGGAGUUCUUGGUCUCUUUGGCUUUGUUAAUCACAGAAGGGCGAAUACCUGAGUGUUCUGUAAAAGGUCGCACAGAAAGUUUCCAUUGCCCUCCAGCACAGUCCUGUUACCCAGUAACAACCAAACAUGAAUGUAGUGACAAACUGGCCCAGUGUCGCCAAGCCAGACGAACCAGGUCUGAAGUCGCAUUGCUAUGGAAGAAUAACCUUCCAGUCAUGGUGGAAGUGAUGCUCCUGCCAGACUGUUGCUAUAGUGAUGAUGGGCCAACCACAGAAGGGAUUGAUCUCAAUGACCCUGCAAUCAAGCAAGAUGCUUUACUGUUAGAAAGAUGGAUUUUGGAACCAGUUCCUCGACAGAGUGGUGAUCGAUUUAUUGAAGAGAAGACACUUUUAUUAGCUGUUCGCUCAUUUGUGUUUUUUUCUCAAUUAAGUGCUUGGCUGAGUGUUUCUCAUGGUGCUAUUCCACGAAAUAUUCUUUACAGAAUCAGUGCUGCUGACAUAGAUCUACAGUGGAAUUUUUCACAGACUCCAAUUGAACAUGUGUUUCCUGUUCCUAAUGUUUCUCACAAUGUGGCCUUGAAAGUCAGCGUUCAGUCCUUGCCCAGACAAUCGAAUUAUCCAGUUUUGACUUGUAGCAUUCACACUAACAUUAAUCUUUAUGAGAACAGAAUUCAAGAGCAUGAACGUAAAACCCUUCAGCACCGGAAUCCUAGUGAAGCAGAGCAAUGUACUACAAACAGUUCACAGUGUCCAUGUAACAAGCAUCCAUGGACCAUGGCACCUGAAAGUGUUUCACAUGCUAAAAAAGGCAAAACUCCAGAAUAUAAUACAGCUGUCAAGACUGUCAAACCCUUUUCAGCAACUGGCAGUAAAUCUGACUACGGAAUAUCACAAGCCAAUAUACUGGACCUUAAUCAUAUAGGAGAUAAAAAGUCACAUGAAGCAUCCAUGAGAACUCUAAAACCAUUUUCAGUGAUUGAUUCCAACAUACCAAACUUCCAGAGUUCGCGGCAGCCAGUUGGUGAAACUGAGCCUUUAAUAGGUUCUUUAAUUCAAGAUCGAGAAGAGAUCAUUGCAAGAAUUGCUCAGCAUUUAAUUCAUUGUGAUCCAAGCACUUCGCAUGCUUCUGGACAUCCACUUAAUAUUCAGGAGUCUAAUUCUCUUCAUUCAAAACUUUUCCGAGUUUCACAAGAAAAUGAAAAUGUGAGAAAAAAUAAAGAAGCCUUUUCUGUUUCUUUUGGUUGUCCAGAACUUACAUCCUCAGAAGAUACCACCAGUGAGGGGAAAAUUAGAGUAAAACAAGAAACUUCUUCAAAUGAAACUUGCAUUUCUAAAGGUCUUUGUUCUUCUCAACGUAGUAGUGAGAUAAAUCCUUUGAUAGGCUCUCUACUCCAGGAAAGGCAAGAUGUAAUUGCAAGGAUUGCUCAGCACUUGGAGCACAUUGAUCCCACAGCAUCGCAUCUGCCCAGGCAGUCAUUUAAUGCCCUCAGUUCCUGUUCGGUUCCUUCUAAAUUGUUUAGGAGUUCAUAUGAAGACAAAAAUUUGUUGAAGAAAAGCAAGAAAGACACCUCUUUAUUCAUCUCUAGUACAAAAUUUUCCUUGUUAGAAGACAACAGUGAAGGGGAAAGCAAAAAGCCUAGUAAAUCUUAUAGUUCCUUUAAAUGCAACAGUACAGACAAGUACUCUUUAAAACCUCAAAUAAGACAAAGUUCAUAUCAGGAAAGUCCCAGUGAAAUCAUCCGAAGUACAUUUCAAGAGACACAUAACAAUGCCAGUAGUUUAUUGACUCCCUCAAAUAUGCCUCAUUGCAAAGAAAAUAACUUGGAUUUGAUCACCAGAGUGGAAAAAGAACUUUCUGAGUGUCAAUUUAAGGGAAAAGAACUUUGCAAUGGACUCAAUAAACAGUAUUCAAGUUGUAACAGUAUUGACAAACAAAACUGCACAAGUAAGCAUAAAGAAAAAACAACAGAAAAAGAACAUUGUAACACAGACUCUAACAAUCACCAGUUUGAUCACUCAAAACAAAAUGAUCUGAAAAUAGAAGUUAAUAUUUUGAAAAUGUCUGGGUAUAUGAACAAAGAUGAAAAUAAGUGCUCAGACAAAGACUCAAAAGAUCCUAAGAUGUGUGAACAAAAUAUUCAACUUAAUGGUAUGAAAAAUUAUCUCAAUAAAAAUAAUGAUUUCAAGUGUAAAAAGCAAGACCUAUUUAAAAACAAACAAGAUAAGGAAGAUUCAAUCGAUGAAAAAUCUCCAAGCAGUCCUCAGAGAAAGAGUGUAAAAAGCAGUUUGUCUUCCUGCAAACAACUGAAAAAUACAGAGAGGAUUGUACCACUAAAACAUUCAAGUGACUGGCAGAAACACAAUUUUCAUUCCUUGGAUGGAACCUCAACAAGAGCUUUUCAUCCUCGAACAGGAUUGCCUCUUCUUUCAAGUCCUGUUCCUCAGAGAAAGACACAGUCUGGUUGCUUUAAUCUGGAUUCCUCAUUACUGCAUCUUAAAAACUUAUCAUCAAGAAGUCCUCGAUUGUGUUUAAACAUUGAAGAUGACCCAGAUAUUCAUGAAAAACCAUUUCUGAGUUCUAGUGCUCCACCUAUAACAAGUCUCAGUCUUUUAGGAAAUUUUGAGGAAUCUGUCCUGAAUUAUCGUUUAGAUCCUCUUGGCAUUGUUGAUGGUUUUACUGCUGAGGUGGGAGCAAGUGGUGUUUUCUGCCCCACGCACUUGACCCUUCCUGUUGAAGUGUCAUUCUACAGUGUUUCAGAUGAUAAUGCUCCCUCUCCUUAUAUGGGUGUGAUUACUUUAGAGUCCCUUGGUAAAAGGGGUUAUCGAGUACCUCCUUCAGGAACAAUACAAGUGACCUUAUUUAAUCCCAAUAAGACCGUUGUGAAGAUGUUUGUUGUGAUAUAUGAUUUACGAGAUAUGCCAGCCAAUCAUCAGACAUUCCUACGACAAAGAACAUUUUCUGUACCUGUUAAACAAGAAAUGAAGAGAAAUAUUAAUAAAGAGAACCUUCGACACACAGAAGAACGGUUAUUACGCUACCUCAUACAUCUGAGGUUCCAGAGUUCUAAAUCUGGAAAGAUCUACCUCCAUAGAGAUGUUCGGCUCCUGUUCUCCAGAAAGUCAAUGGAAGUUGAUAGCGGUGCUGCAUAUGAACUCAAAUCUUACACAGAAUCACCCACAAACCCUCAGUUUUCACCAAGAUGUUGAAAGUAGAAGCAGUUUAAAACAUCUGUUCAGUACCCACACAUGAAAGCAAAAAUUAGUAUAGAACAGAGUGUAUCAAAUUAACAAGUAGGAGAUUGGAUCUUCUCCUAUUAUCCUGGACCAGUUUUUCUUAAAGGAUUUCUGGAGUGAGAUCCAUAGAUUCCAAGUAGACUGGAAAAAAACAGUUGUCCUCAUUUUUGUACUGUUGAACUCCUUCAUUGGACAUGUUGCAACAGCAAUCCCCAACCCCAGUUAGAUUAGUGUUUACAUAUUUUUCAGUUAUUUAAUAUUUAAUGUUUUCUUUAAUACUCAAGUGAUAUUUGUCUCCAGUAUUCUAAUGUAGUACAGAUCCUAUGUAAAAUCAUUUUAUGUAUUUUUGACAUUAAUGUUUAAAUUGAAAUAUAUAUACAAGUAUUUAAUUUUGUGUGAUGUGUGUAAGUAUUAUUCAUUUAAUUUAUUGAAAAUGACAAUGAAAUAUUGAGCUUCCUUAAGGUAAUGCACUAUGCAAGCAUGUAUACUUUUAUAUCUUCUGAGUUUAGUUUUAACAAAAUCUUACCCAGAUUGCUGCCUCACAUCUUUAAAAUGCUGUAUUGACAGUGCAAAGUGGAUUAAGCUGCUUCAUAUACCCUUUGCAAGUUCAGAUCAUUGUGCUCCUUCAUAUUCUUUCUAGAAUCGUACUUCCCAAAAACAGUUCUAUUUUUCCUUAGUUACUACUACAGAGACUUUACAUUAAACUGCGGUCCCACUCUAGAUAACUUUUGCAAAUUGUUAAAAGAAUAUGUACUUUGAAAACAAAUUAGUAUUUAUAUUGUAAAUAUAUGAAAAAAAUAA